AUGCUGCAAAUUGCAGCAAUACUGGCAGGCUGUGACUACACCAAAGGCAGGGACAACGUUGGCUUAUUGACAGCACUUCGCAUCGUCAUGGGCAAGCAAUAUACGGACGAAGAGGAGAAGACGGCCACACGCGCAUUUCAAGAACCGUUGGCUCAAGCCAGAGCCCACGCCCACGCCCACGCCCACGCCCACGCCCACGCCCACGCCCACGCCCACGCCCACGCCCACGCCCACACCUCCGUGGACGAACCCGAGUUAGACAGUCAUCGCGCGCACCUUCGUACGUUUUCCUCCAUCGGUCUCGGCAUACCACGCGCGAACGUAAUCCAAAUCUGCAGAUACGUGGGGGAUAUGCGCUGGGCGGUGACCGAAGCUAUUCGGGAUAUGUACCUGAAGUGCGCGGAGGAGCACGACAUACUUGGUGAGUUACAGGAGCUCGCACAAACAACGAGGAAACGCUACGUUCAAGCCAAGAUCGACUUUCGCAAGACAGGCAAGUGGGACAAGGAAGUCAAAACGCCCACCGAGCCAGCUACGUUUUCAAGCAAGGUCGUUGAGCUGUCAGCCCACGGCAUGGGCAGGGUGUGCACCCGCAUGCGCCAGCAUGCACGCAACAAGGAGGCUCGCCAACCUGACCCACAGGGAAUCGAGCGUUUCUUCGGCGACCGAGUGCCAACACGGCCAUCAUUCAUGUCUGCCACUGCGGCUCACACUCUUCUCAAUCUGCAGUUUCGCCUCAUGGAGGGAAACUGCCGGCUGUACCUUCGAGUGGCGGCCCGAAAGGCAGCAGCGCGCAGUUCGCGAGCCGGUGGCGGAUGUCUUGUUGUGCAUGUCAUGCACUGA